AUGUACCAAAGAGGCGAAAACCAACAGUUAACAGCUAGUGAAUACUAUAAUCGAAACCUAAUCGAGCCUGAUUCAAACUACAAACAUGACAAAGUACAUUAUUACAGGAGUGGAUGGCUUUCUUGGGGCCAUGCAGCAGAUUUUGCACUUGAUAUCAAAACUGCAGACCAGCAAAUUGUUCUUGCUUCGUACGACAAGACCCAUAUUCCUGCCAAAUUGGUUGCAAAAGCCAAGGCAGCCGGUGCAGAAAUCAUCGAUUUGACAUACGAUGAUAUAGAUGCGAUGGUUGCAGUCUUUAAAGGUGCGGAUGUCGUCUCGUUUGUGUCGACUUGGCUCAUUGGUGAGAGGAGAAGAAGGCAGCACAAGAAUGUUGUUGACGCAUGUGUCAAAGCAGGUGUCACAAGGGUCUGCUACACAUCAUUUGUUGGAGCAGAUUUGGAUAAGGACAUCCCAGUUCUUCCUCAAGACCACCACUACACGGAGCAAGUGAUCUUCAAGAGUGGGUUGCAGUACUCCAUUCAGAGAGACUGUCUUUAUCUUGACAACACCAUCAACUUCUUUGCCCCAAGUUGGAAUUACUGCGGUGCCAAGUGGCUAGAUAACAGUGAUGGUGUUCCAGGAGCAUUUGUGUCAAGGGAAGAUUGCGGUCGCACCUUUGGAGCAUUGAUUAUGGGAAGGGGCAAGCCAAAUACAGUCUAUACUUUGACAGGUCCCGAGGCUUUGACCAACAAGCAAGUGUUUGACAAGAUCUGUGCAGCUUCUGGUUACAAGGGUGAGUAUGUUCCGGUUUCUGACGAAGAGUUGCGCAAAUACUGGACUGCCCAGGGUGUUCCAAAGGAUGUUGAGGGUGAUAAGAGCAAGAACAAGUCGCCAAUGCCUUUAAUUAUGGAUGAUUUGGAGUCUUGUGGUAUUGUCGUGAAGCGUGGAUUGAUGAGAAAUGUGACCAACGACAUUGAGAAGCUUACUGGAAGGAAGCCACUUACUGCUGAGCAGACUAUCCAGAGUCUCAAGGACAACUGGCCAAAGAACGAGUGA